CUACAUGAGGCUAUGAUGGCGUUACGGCGUUCCACUCGUCUGAGCGCACUGCCCACUAGCAAAGUCCCAGUGCUGCAACCAACCACCACUGCACCAGCCAGGAACAGCAGCAGCAAAGCUCAGCCGAGCAACAAGAUCUCCAAAGCACGCAAACCAUCAGCCAGGGGCAAGAAACCCCCGAAAGCAACGGCUGCAGAGCAGAAUGCCCCUCUAAGCUCGACCCCAGCCAAAUCUACACCGUCAACCGCCACGGCGACCUCCGACUCGGAGAACAUACCAGCAGCGCCUGCUAACAUCUGGGACCCCGUGCCUGGUAAUAAUGAUCACAGCGCGAGCACUAGACCUCGUCACACCACCACCCCUCCUCCCCUCGACCGACCCGUCGAACCGCAUCGAACUAACGCAACGCUCCUGACCCCGCACGGCUCCUCACUCGUCGCCUACCCUCCCGGAACAGAGAAUGAAUCGCCCAGCAAGACCGGCCGACCACGACCGACCGCCACGACAGGGACGCUCCUCGAGAAAGCGAUAGCGCAUCUGAUCGCGACGGACCCUCGCCUCGACCCGAUCAUCAAGGCCCACCCGUGCCCGCUGUUCACCGCGGAGGGGCUGGCGGAAGAGAUCGACCCCUUCCGCAGCCUGGUCCAGAGUAUCAUCGGACAGCAGGUGUCGGGCGCCGCGGCCAAGUCGAUCCGCGAUAAGUUCGUGGCAUUGUUCAACACAGGAAGAAACGGGACGGAUGCGCGGGACAGGUUUCCGACGCCCGAGGACAUCAUCAAGCUGGAUAUCGAGACGCUGCGGACCGCGGGCCUCUCCCAGCGUAAGGCCGAGUAUAUUCGGGGGCUGUCGCAGAAGUUCGCGGACGGGGAGCUGAGCGCGCGGAUGCUGCUGAACGCCACGGACGAGGAGCUGGUCCAGAAGCUGACGGCCGUGAGGGGCUUGGGCCUCUGGUCCGUGGAGAUGUUUGCUUGCUUUGCCUUGAAGCGCAUAGACGUCUUCUCGACCGGUGAUCUGGGUGUGCAGAGGGGAUGCGCCGUGUUUACAGGCAAGGAUGUAAGCAAGUUGAAGGGAAAAGGUGGAGGUAAGUUCAAAUACAUGGCUGAAAAAGAUAUGCUGGAAUUGGCCGCCAAGUACGCUCCGUACAGGAGCCUCUUCAUGUGGUACAUGUGGCGCGUGACGGAUGUAAAUCUCGCCGUGAUGAGCUCAUAGCUCUGGGAAGAGUAAGUGAUGAUAGAAAGGCCCUUGGGCUGCAUAGUCCACCGAUGGGUGCAUAUGAGACUAUAAAUCUGUACAUAGCCAACGCUAUGGGCUAGCUAGCUCCCUAGAUGUGACAGAAUAUCUUGGAUAGCAAGGCGAGCAUGGCCCGAAGAAC